GAGAAGGGAGCCUACACACACGGACACAGAGCACAGAGACGCAGCAGGAGGGGCACAGAGAGGAGGAAGACUCUGAGAAGCAGCCAUGCCUGCACCUAAGGAGCCAGAAAAAACUCCAGAAGGAGGGGAAAAGUCCUCUGAAGCAGAAGAGGCUGCCCAAGAUGCAACGGAGCUCAGUGGGCUCUUUUUGGAGAAGCCUGAGUCAGUUGUUGCCAUAGCAGGGAAGGACAUGGUGUUCACUGCGAAAGUGGACUCCUCGAGCCUGCAGAGGAAGCCCACACUGAAGUGGCUAAAGGGGAAGUGGCUGGACCUGGGCAGCAAGGCUGGCAAGCACCUGCAGUUCAAAGAGACCUAUGACAGGAACACCAAGGUGUACACAUAUGAAAUGAAGAUCGUCAAGGUAGUCCCGGGAGAUGCUGGAGGCUAUAGAUGUGAGGCCAGCGCCAAAGAAAAGUGUGACAGCUGUACAUUUGAGGUCACUGUUGAAGCUGCAGAUGAAGGGGCACAAGUGAAUAUUCUAGAGGCAUUUAAAAGAGCGGAUGCAGGAGAAGAUGAGGGUGAACUGGAUUUCAGUGCUUUACUCAAGGCUACGAAAAAGAAGAAGAAGGAGGAACCCAAAGAAGAAAUCGACGUCUGGGAGCUUUUGAAAAGUGCACAUCCCAGCGACUACGAGAAGAUUGCCUUCAAGUACGGCAUCACCGAUCUCAGGGGCAUGCUGAAGCGUCUUAAGAAGAUGAAAGCAGUCGAGCCCACAAAGUGCGACGCCUUCUUGAGAAAACUGGACUCAGCCUACUCAGUGGAUAAGGAUAAGAGGAUUGUUCUGUCGGUGGAAGUGGUCGACCCCAACGCUCAAGUCAAGUGGCUGAAGAAUGGGCAGGAGAUCAAACAGUCUGCCAAGUAUAUUUUUGAAAGUGUUGGAAAUAAGAGGACACUCACCAUCAACAAGUGCUCACUAGCAGAUGACGCAGCCUACGAGUGUGUCGUUGGGGAAGACAAGUGCUUCACAGAGGUCUUUGUUAAGGAGCCCCCAGUGACGAUCACCAAGCUACUGGAUGACUACCACGUGGUGGUUGGAGAACGGGUGGAGUUUGAAGUUGAGGUUUCAGAGGAAGGUGCCCAUGUGAAAUGGAUGAAAGAUGAUGUGGAGCUGUCAAGGAAUGAGUCCCAUAAAUAUCGCUUCAAGAAAGAUGGGAAGAGGCAUUGGCUAAUUAUUAAUGAAGCAACGCUGGAGGACAUAGGAACGUAUCACAUCUUCACCAAUGGUGGCCAUUCCAAGGGUGAUCUGGAAGUUGAAGAGAAGCAGCUGGAGGUGCUCCAGAGCAUCGCUGACCUAACAGUGAGAUCAGCAGAGCAGGCCAUGUUCAAGUGUGAGGUCUCCGAUGAGAAAGUGACAGGGAAGUGGUACAAAGAUGGAGUGGAGGUCCAUCCCAGCAAACGCGUCAAAAUCGCACACAUUGGAAGGAUUCACAGGCUGACGAUUGAUGAUGUGAAGCCAGAGGACGCUGGUGACUACACCUUCAUCCCAGAUGGCUACGCUCUCUCUCUUUCUGCCAAGCUGAACUUCUUGGAAAUCAAAAUUGACUACGUACCUCGUCAAGACCCCCCCAAGAUUCACCUGGACACCACUGGCAACAUGGUCUCCCAAAACACUAUCAUUGUUGUUGCUGGUAACAAGCUGCGGCUGGAUGUGGAGAUAACUGGGGAACCUGCGCCCACUGUUUGCUGGAUGAAAGGAGACAAUGCUAUCACAGCGACAGAAGGGCGAAUCAGAGUGGAGAACAGGAAGGACUUGAGCUGCUUUGUGAUAGAGGGUGCUGAGCGGGACGAUGAGGGAAACUACACCAUCACCGUCACCAACCCAGCAGGGGAAGACAAAGCCACGCUCCACAUCAAGAUUGUGGAUGUGCCUGACCCCCCAGAGGCUGUCAAGUGUAUGUCGGUGGGGGAGGACACUGCCACCAUUACAUGGGAACCACCCAAAUUUGAUGGGGGUGCUCCAAUUAAAGGCUAUCUCAUGGAGAGGAAGAAGAAGGGAUCCUCGAGAUGGACAAAGCUGAACUUUGACUUCCAUACAUCCACUACAUAUGAAGCCAAGAGGAUGAUCGAGGGCGUCCUGUAUGAAAUGCGAGUGUUUGCCGUCAACGGCAUUGGCAUAUCGCAGCCGAGCCUCAACUCCAAGCCAUUCAUGCCUAUCGCACCCACCAGCGAACCAACUCGCCUCUUGGUGGACGACGUUGGAGACAGCACUUGCACCCUGAAGUGGCUCCCGCCCGAGCGCAUCGGAGCGGGUGGCCUCGACGGAUACGUGAUCGAGUACUGCAAGGAAGGAGAUACGGAGUGGGUGCGUGCCAACAAGGACCUGGUUGAGAGGAACGGCUACACGGUGCGAGGUCUUCCUACCGGAGAGAAGAUGAACUUCAGGGUGAUGGCUGUCAACGUGGCCGGCCUGAGUCCACCGGCCUUGCUGAGCCAGGCAGUCACCAUCCGUGAGAUUAUGGAGCAUCCUAAGAUCCGUCUGCCGCGUCACCUGAGAACCAAGUAUAUCCGUAAAGUGGGUGAAACCAUCAACCUGGUGAUUCCCUUCCAGGGCAAACCUCGUCCAGUUGCAACGUGGACAAAGGAUGGUCAACCUGUGGACCCCAAGAAAGUGGGCAUCCGCAACUCCUUUGUAGACACCAUUCUCUUCAUUCGCUCCGCUGAGAGGGAACACUCCGGAAAAUACACGCUCACCUUGCAGAUUGAGAACAUGCAGGACUCAGCCAGUAUCGACAUCCAAAUUGUGGAGAAGCCUGGACCACCCGUGGCGGUGAAGAUCACGGACGUGUGGGGCUUCAACGCCGCGCUGGAAUGGCAGACCCCCAAAGAUACGGGCAACUGCGACAUCACUGGAUACAUGAUACAGAAAGCGGACAAAAAGACCAUGGCGUGGUUCACUGUGUAUGAACACAACCGACGCACCAACUGCACUGUGUCGGACCUCGUCAUGGGCAACGAGUACCUGUUCCGCAUCUUCAGCGAGAACAUUUGUGGGUUAAGUGAGGAUCCUGGGGUCUCCAAGGGCACUGCGAUAAUAGCCAAGACAGGCUUGCAAUACAAACCAUCUGCCUACAAGGAGAAGGACAUGAACUGCUCCCCCAAGUUCACUCAGCCCCUCAUGGACAGGUCUGUGAUUGCCGGUUACAGCACAGCCAUCACCUGCUCAGUGCGCGGCAACCCCAAGCCCAAGAUCAUCUGGAUGAAGAAUAGGGUGAUAAUUGGUGAAGAUCCAAAGUUCCUCAUGCAGAACAACCAGGGAGUCCUGACCCUCAACAUCCGCAAGGCCAGCUCGUUUGACGGGGGAACGUACAGCUGCAGAGCCGUCAACGAGCUCGGCCAGGACGAGGUGGAGUGCAAGCUGGAGAUUCGAGCCCUGCCCACAGAGAAGAAGUGAAAGAGGAAAUAAAAUGCAGGAACCAGAAGGCAAAUAUCAAGAAAAAUGCAACAUUUGGUUAGUUUUAGCGGUGAUGUACAAAAAGGAGCAUAAUAAAGUGUUAUUCGGGAUAA